AUGUCAUCGCUUAUUCUUUCAACAUUUGCGGAGCGUCUCACUGAACUGGGUCAAAGAACUACCUUCCUGGAGCUACCUCCUUACUUAGAUCGUUCGUUCCCCAAUUCAAACUCGGGCAAAGUUGUCCAGGUGGGAAAAUAUCUACCACCUGAGGUAAAACAUAAAGCUGUAGACCUGCUUCGUGAGUACAAAGACGUCUAA